AUGGGAUUUGCCUUCCCGAACAAGCCUCAGGGCCCACUAGGUGGCGUGUUGGUUAUAAGAGAGAAAAGAAACGGUGCGAGACCUUUCACUUCCCCAGGCAAUCAUUGCUUUCUGGUGCCGUGUAUAAAGAUUUUCUCUCUUUUCUCCCGUAAACCUCUCUACUUUCGCCGGAAAAAACCUUUACUCUUCCUUCGUUCUUCACUAACUUCCCGGAAAAGAAUGUCUCCUCCGAAAUCCUCGUCGGGUAAACCCACAAAACCCCUGAUUCCAGGCGUUUUUGGCCCUCAUCCGCCGUCAAUUCUCUCGGCGGAGAAUAUAGCCGAGAUUAGGGGAUCCACUGGGAUUCCCUCGGAGAUCGAGAUUAGGUUCCCGGAGGUUCACGAGUCUCCGGAGAAUCCUCCCCCGGGGUACUGUUGCGCGUUCGAGAUAUUUUUCUCCGCGUGUGGUCUGUCGUUUCCCCUUCCCGAACUCAUCGUGAAGAUGAUGUUCGAACUGGGCUUUGCUCUCCCCCAGAUGUGCCCGAACUUUGUCCGAACCGUCAUGUGUCUUCAAACUCUGGGGGAAGAGUUUGACUACAAACUAUCCCUGGCCGACUUUCUUCAAGUGUACACGGUGAAGACAGGUCGCACCAAGGGCACGCUCUACGUAAGUCCGCUUUCCGGACUGAAGGUCUUCGACGACCUUCCUGAGAAAGAUGAGAAGUGGCGGAAGUCUUACUUUUUCUUCCCGGUCAACGAGCUCACUUUUGGCCACCUCGCAAAUUCACACAUAUCGAAGUGGACUUCGAAAAUUGACCACUUCGAGCGCGGGUUGCUUUGCCCUACUUUCGUGGAGUUUUUCUCGCGGUUCUGCAGCCAGGGUCAGAUCGCCUGGGACUCAUUUUCGUGUGAAAGGAUUAGAGAAUCCACAGCGCGGCUCAGGGGACGUUCUCUCGUUUGCUCCGACCCCAUAAGCACUUCGGAGAUGAAUUAUAGAGAGGAAAGGGCCUGCCGACUCGCCGAGAAGGAUGCGAAAUUGAACAUGGCGGCAGCGCUUGCCGAGGGCAAAGCUCGCCUCCCUAAGAAGUCUGGUCCCUCUUCCUCUGAGGUAGACGGGACUUCAGCACCCCCUGCUGGCCCUUCCGAGCCUCUUACAGGGGCUUCCGGGCUCCUGCCUAGUUCGCCCAGGCCUGCCGUAAUUGUCGUAGCGGACUCUAGUGAUGAGCCACGAGAGGUUAUUACUCCCUCCGUUGAGGUCAGCUCCCAGCGGGCGGACUCGUCCAAAAAGAGGAAGGAACCUGAGACUUCCUCACCUCUUCGCGAGAAGAGCCGAGCUCGGACUGGUUCGGCAGGAGACGAGCGAGCUGAUCUGAUGAGGAGUUACACUCGGCCAGGAGUUCGGGUUCCGGCAUAUGCAGACAUGUCCGAACUCAACCGUGCGAACUUCUUCCGCUUUGCGGACAAGAUUGGCGAGCUAAUGAUCGAGUUCAACUCCUCGGUAGCGUCUUUCGAAGAUCAGCUGUUUGCCUCUCCUUCCUCUUCCGAAGUGAGCCAUCUCCGGGAAAAGAUUGCUGACCUGGAAGCCCAUGUGAAGGAGUAUGCCAGAUUAGAGGCCGAGAACGCUGCUACCAUGGAGAAAGCCGAACAAAUCCGGGCUCGGAUGAAGAGAGCCGAGGUACAGGUGCUCGACUUCGGAAUUGCCAACGAAGACCUCCGAGACAAGCUAAAGAAGGCGGGAGACCUCUACUACGAGGCCGCGGAGGAUGUGAAGGCGGCAAGGAGUAGGUUGCACGAGGUCGAGCUCCGCAACCAGUUGCUCGAAGCUGGAAAUAGCUGCGAGAUUGAAAGGGUGCGGAGAGAAGAAAGGCAGGCAAUGAGACGAACUCUCCGUCCAUUAGUUGAGGAGCUCGGAGUGGGUUCAGCGAGGUACGGACUCCAGGGACCUCUAUGUCAGCUGGGACUACGGCAUCGACUCCAUAGACCAGGGAGAAAGGUGUUUCACUAG